GUCUAGGCGGUGAGGCUGUUGGAGCCGAAGAAUGGAAGUCGGUGCUUGAACUACUGCGUGAAUCAUCUCGAUAGGCACCGUUCUUUGCUGGUAACCAUGGCCAGUAGUAAUGGAGCUGACGCGAGCAACCGUCGCUCUUCGGAUGUCCCUACCCGACCGUCACAGCCAAAAGUCCAACAACCAACGCCGCAAGCGCUUGCCAGUAGGAGUGGGCCUUCCGCGAUUCUGGUCUCGACUAGACAGAAGGGCAACCCGAUCUUGAACCAUGUCAAGCUGAUGCCGUGGGAGUAUGCCGAUAUCCCAGCCGAUUACGUGCUGGGUGGCACCACCUGUGCCUUAUUUCUGUCACUCAAAUAUCAUCGGCUACAUCCCGAAUACAUCUACUCUCGGAUCCGACAGAUGGCAGGGAAAUAUCUCCUUCGAAUCUUGCUGAUUAUGGUCGACAUACCCAACCACGAAGACAGCCUGAAGGAAUUGUCAAAGACAUCGAUCAUCAACAAUCUCACGCUGGUUCUUUGCUGGUCAGCUCCCGAGGCUGCCCACUACCUAGAAUUGUAUAAAUCUUCGGAAAACUCGCAACCAACGGCGAUCCGUACGCAGCAGGCCCAGUCUUACAAGGAGUCGCUGGUCGAGUUCGUCACCACGCCUAGAACUGUGAACAAGUCCGACGCUGCCAGCCUGAUUUCUAAUUUCGGGAGCUUGCAGAACGCCGUCAACGCACAACCGGAGCAGAUCGGCUCAGUGCCUGGCUGGGGCGAGAAGAAAGUCCGCCGGUGGUGCAAUGCCGUAAGGGAGGAUUUCAGAGUUGAAUCUGCCAAACGGGCAACGGCUCCUGGGGGUAACGUGCCGCGCCAAGAGACGACGCGUUUGGAUUCCAGUGGUCUGGCCCUGUCGGAUAGAUUGAUUUCAGAACACCCGGAAGGAAAUCGUGGGCAAGGGUCGGAGGGCGUCGGCGAAGGCAAUCGCGUUGGCGAACCCGACCAGGGAGAAAUGAGUGAAGGAAUAAUGGCCGCACUGACAAAACUUCGAGAAAACGGCGAUUGAGCAUGAUGACGAUGAACAUCCUCCUUGGUAUUGAAUCCAACAAGGCAACGCGCCAUUGAGCUCUGCCCCGAGGAUCGAGGUAGGUAGGUA